AUGGAGCGAUUGGCAUCGGUGAGCCAGGAGAUCGCCAAGGCGUGCGGGCAUUUAGUACGCAUUGAUGUGGUCCGUACGAUGAAGGACGAGAGUCCACAUAAGCCAUUAUUGGCAUAUUUAGAUGCCACCGCCAUUCAAAAGCAUGUGGCACCGUGGCAGCAGAUUAUGAUGUUUUUUGCACGAACCCAGAUUGAACAUGAUUGGGAAUCACCCAAGUAUUCAUUUACCCCCCGACAGCAGCAGUUAUGGGAUGCCGUGUGGCGCCAUGCCCAGGCCCAGGCCAGUUGUCCCGACCCCGAGGAUGAUGAGCCCGAGCCAUUCGAGAUUCGUCCCAUCGAGCAUGCAUUAUUAACGUUUUGCAUCGAUUUAUUACGCCAGAAGAUCCGCAACGAUGAAUAUGGAUGUGCCAUGAUUUGUGCCACCGCCGUGAUUGGAUGCGGGCAGUUUGGUUGGGCCACGCCCGAGAAUUUCCCCCCCCGGAUAUCCAGUUUGAUCAAGAUCGCGCGGUUUUUUAUUUUGCACAAAGCAUUGCGGUUAGACCCCCGGUCAUCGGAGAUCCGUCGUGGGUUCGCCGGGCAGCAGAACCCGCCAUGGUUUGAAGGUGAUAUGAUCGGCAUCGAUGAGGCAUAUGCCCACGAUGAUGAAGGAUAUGGCAGUGCCCCCCCAUCCCCGGUGGCCAUGCGUAGUUCCCCCCCCACCAGCGAUGACAUAUUAGGAGCAUUGACACAGGAGCAGCGCCAGCAUCCCGACCGAACGUUCCCCGAAUGGGUCACAUAUUUGGUGGAUUUAUUCAUGGUUCGUGGGACCAAUGGCCCCGUCCAGUGGUGGUUAGAUUUACGUACGUACGGACGGACGAUAUUUAUGAAUACCCCCAGCGAGGGUCAUAUCGGGUGGAAGUCCGGAGAUGAAUUGUUGUACAAACAGAUCCAUUUUACCAUGGGCCAUUUCCGCGGAUUUGUGCAUGGGUUGGUUGGCCGGUUACGGCAGCAGUUGGUCCACGAGUUGAUGUUUUGCACCGAUCACCCGCCCCCAGCCAUCCCGUGGGAUCAUUUGUACGAUGAUGCCACGCAGAGUGCCACCGGAUGGAGUUUUUUACAGGAUUUACGUACAUCGUGGCCGGUCCAGGGUCCGACGUGGUUCAUGGAGCGUAUCCGCCACGAGCCCCGAUUACAGCGUCAGUUUGUACAGUCCCACGGGGCCGGGUUCCGGAUGCCCGCCAUCGAUCGGUUUUUUCGAGUGGUGAGCCAGUUCCGUGAGCGGUUAAGCGUGGCCGUCCAUGUUUGUGCCGGUCAACCCAGCCGGGGUCCCGAGUUAAUGAGCAUCCGGCAUCGUAACAGUGAGCGAGAGCGCCGCAAUAUAUUCAUUGAGGAUGGCAUGGUCACAUUUGUCAGUCGAUACCAUAAGGGGUUCCAUGUGGCCAAUGAUACCAAGGUGAUUUUCCGAUAUUUACCCCGGGAGAUUGGUGAGUUGGUCAUAUGGUAUUUAUGGUUAGUAUUGCCAUUUGUGGAGCAGAUGCAGUCAUAUCAGCGGCAUAUACGGGGCGAAGCCGCCACCAUCGGUCGACGGGCCGAGUAUGUAUGGUCCCCGGAUCCCGAUCGGCAGACCGAGUGGAGUAGCGUCCGGUUACGGGAGGUAUUGAAGCGCGAGACCGCGAUUGGAUUGGAUGGGCAGAAGUUGGGAUUACAGGCAUACCGUGACAUCGCCAUCGCCAUCAGCCGGCGGUAUUUACGCCCCAGCAGUCAGUUCCAGGCCAACACCGAGGAGGAGGCCCCCGACAUUGACGACGAGACAUCCAUGGAUGAUGAUGGGAUCCGAGCAUUCAUUGCGGAUAUCCAGGCCGCGCAUUCCGCCAGCAUUGCCGGGACGCAAUAUGGCCGGAUGAUGAUGGAGAAUCCCAACACCACGGCCCGGCACCGCGAGUUAUUCCGCCAGGUGAGCCAGGAUUGGCAUUAUUUUUUAGGAUUCGAGUCCACCCGUAUCGAACAUGACCGCCGGGCCCCCGGCACCAAGCGUAAGCCCAACCCAUGGGAAGUCGAAACGGCCGAGGCCCGUACGCAGCGUCGAUAUGAUUUACACCAGACCAACAUAGACGAGGCAUUCCAGCACAUGAUGGGGAGCAACACCGUAGCAUUGCGGGGGCAACAGGGUCCCGUAUUACAAGCCAUCAAGCAUGGGGUAAGCCCCAUUGUGGCGGUCAUGCCCACCGGGGGGAGGUAA